GGGGGCCGGUGGGAGGCGCGGGGCGGGCUGCGCGCCGCGAGAGCGCCUGCUGCCGGCGGCUGACGAUGGCCGGCUGAGUCGCGCGGCAGCCCGCGCCCGGGCAGGAUGAUGCUCCUGAGGGGCCCCUGGCCGCGGCGUCCGCGGCUGCCGCCGACACCCAGACCCGCGGGCCGAGUGCAUCCGCCGCCGCGAACGCCGACGCCUCAGGUUUUGUGUGUGAAGCUGUGUGGAAAUCUAAAAUACAGUCAAUCACAUCUUUAUAGUACAGUGGUGCCCCCUGAUGAAAUAACCGUUAAUUAUAGACAUGGCCUUCCCUUGAUAACCCUUACUUUGCCAUCCAGAAAAGAGCGUUGUCAAUUUGUGGUCAAACCAAUGUUAUCAACAGUUGGUUCAUUCCUUCGGGACCUACAAAAUGAAGACAAAGGUGUCAAAACUGCAGCCAUCUUGACAGCAGAUGGCCGUGAAAUUCCAGCUACCACUUUAAUGGAAAUUUUGCUAAUGAAUGAUUUUAAACUUGUCAUUAACAAAAUAACAUAUGAUGUUCAGUGCCCUAAGAAAGAAAAACCGAGUAUGGAGCAUGCCGCCGACAUGGAAAACGUGAAGUCCUUGGUUCACAGACUGUUUACAGCUUUGCAUUUAGAAGAGUUUCAGAAAAAGAGAGAGCACCAUUUACUGGAGAAAAUUGACCACCUGAGGGGACAGCUGCAGCCUCUUGAACAGAUAAAGGCUGGAAUCGAAGCUCGCUCAGAAGCCAAAACCAGUGGACUUUUGUGGGCUGGAUUAGCAUUGCUAUCCGUUCAGGGCGGGGCGUUGGCCUGGCUCACUUGGUGGGUGUACUCCUGGGAUAUUAUGGAACCAGUGACAUACUUCAUCACAUUUGCAAAUUCCAUGGUCUUUUUCGCAUACUUUAUAGUCACUCGACAGGAUUAUACUUACUCAGCUGUUAAGAGUAGGCAGUUUCUUCACUUCUUCCAUAAGAAAUCAAAGCAACAGCAUUUUGAUGUGGUGCAGUACAACAAGUUAAAAGAAGAUCUUGCUAAGGCUACGGAAUCCCUGAAACAGGUGCGCCACUCCUGUUUGCGAAUGCAAGGAGAGAAAGUCAAUGAAAAGAAUUAAUCUUACAUUUCUAAAUGUUAUUAAAUUUUUCCAGUAUGUGUUGAUUCUGCAACUUAGAAACUGGAACUUUGAGUCCCUUAGUUCCUUUGGAUUUGAUCGUUUCAAUCUCUUUUGUUAAUUAAAAAAAAAUGUGAACAUAGGUA